AUGCGUGUCCGCCAUGGCUUCCACCUGUCAACCGUCCCACCCGAACUGCUAGUUCACAGCAGUCACUGCAACUUCUUGAUCGGCGCGAGCGCUCAAUCACCCAUAUUCUAUCAUGUGGAGCGUGUGCGGGAUGGGCGAUCCUUUGCCACCAGGAGAGCAGAUGCUAUGCAGAACGGGAAGUGCAUCUUUACUGCAACGUUGAGUUUCGUGCAACCCGAAGGGCAAGCAGGACAAUCCAUCUCCCAUGCGCACGCCAUGCCACAUAUCGAGUUGCCCGAAGAAGUGGACAGUCGAGAGGGAGCUUUCCAAGGGCGUCCGUUUCAAGUGGUAGACUUGCCACUCACGCCAGCGCCAUACCCAACCAAACAGAAGCUGAGACGUCUCAUUCGCACACAGCGGCGAAUCGACCGUAACAAGGAUCACAGCAGUAAUCCCGACACGAAUCAUGCUGUCUCGAGCGCCGUGCAAAGCGCGUCUGUUCUCUCGCAGAACCUCGGUGUUCUGGCAUAUCUGAGUGAUUUCUAUGUCAUCAACACCGCGACAAGAAUAUAUCGUCUUCCCAUGUUUUCGUCCCAGAGUUAUAUCAAGAGAUCUGUAUCAGCCUUGGACCGGGCCGGGGCGGCGGAGAAAGAAACCGCAAUGACACACCUCGAGAACAUGAUUCGAACCGAGAAGUUGGAACUGAACCAACUGGCGCAAGUGUCCCUGAGCACCAAGACGAACAAUUUGCAGGUCGGCAUGAUGGUGACGCUCAGUCACACCGUCUUUUUUCACAAUCAGCAGGCCGUUCGACCCCACGAGUGGAUGUUGUUCGAGAUGGAGAGUCCGUGGGCAGGCGAUAAUAGAGGCAUUGCCGUUCAAAGGAUACGGAACAAAGAGGGUCUGCUGACUAUGACAUGUGUGCAGGAGGGCCUAAUUAGAACUGACCCUAGGGAUAAGAGUCUGCUCUGA